AAAGAUGGACACUUCAAAAAAUGAAAACAAAAACAACCUAACCGCAGUUCAACAUGAACUUCGUCCAUAAUACGGGUCUAUUCUUCAAAUCAAUCUUUAAAUGCAACAGAAAUCAGAAAUAUUUGUAUGAGACGAGCAUUAAAAGUAGAAAUUUUCAAAGUAAUCCGACGAGAAGCAUAGACGUACUCUUCUUUGGCACCGACAAAUUUUCGUUAGCCAGUUUGAGAGCCCUAGUCAAUGAGCAAAAACAUAGUCGAACAGUGAGAAAACUAGCCGUCGUGACAUCAUUCAAGAAUUCAUCGAAUCCGGUGAAAAAGUUAGCUUGUGCCGAGAAUCUUGACUGUUUCGACUGGCCAAUAUCCAGCGAUGUGUGCAAAAAGUAUGAUCUCGGUGUGGUUGUGUCAUUCGGUCAUUUGAUUCCUGCGUCAAUUAUAUCAUCGCUGCCAUAUGGAAUGAUCAAUGUACAUGGCAGUCUAUUGCCCAGAUGGAGAGGCGCUGCUCCAAUCAUUUAUGCGAUACUGAAUGGUGAUACUUGUACAGGCAUAACUAUAAUGAGGAUCCUACCGAAGCACUUCGAUAUUGGCGAGAUUAUUGCACAGCAGGAAGUGCCAAUCAGUAAGGAUUGCUUAAUGCCCGAACUUCAUGAUACGAUGUCGAAUGUAGGCGCUGAUCUAUUAAUAAAAUGCUUACCAGAUAUCGAGUCGAGACUAAAAAAUGCUUCGCAACAAAAUCCUGAUCAUGUAACUUAUGCUCCAAAAGUGAUGCCAGAACUAGCCCAAGUGAAUUGGAAUUCAUCUGCACUUGAAAUUUACAAUUUAUACAGAGCAUUGUAUUCGUUCAAACCACUCGCAACCAGAUGGAACGAUCGACAAGUGAGAAUAACGAAAAUGAUGUAUUCAUCAUCGGAUGCUGUAAGCACCAGGCCACCGGGCUCAGUCGAAUAUAAUAAAUUAGAUAAAUAUCUCAAAGUGAUUUGUGGUAAUGGAUGUAGUGUUCGUGUGUUAAAUUUAGGCUUAGAGGGUAAGAAAGUUAUGUCGGCUAAUGAAUUUUACAAUGGAUUUCUGUCGAAAGUGAAAGACAAAAGCUAUUUUGUAUAGAGGUUGAUUAAACAGAUUUGCCUAUUAGAA